CUUCCCUCGAGAUCUGUCACCUCAGGAAAAAGUAAAAAAAGAAAGAAAACCACCUUGGCAGACAGAAAAGAAGAAAAACAAAGGCGGCGAUAGUUCUGCCCCUGCUCCGCCGGUCUCAAGUUUUCCCCCCUCAAACUUGUCCCAUCCGCACAAUCCCGUCUGCCUCGACGGUUUUCUCUCCCUCGAUCUUCAUGGUGGAGUAGUCCCGUGUUAGGGGUUUUUUUCUUUGCAUUUUUCCCACAUUCCCUCCCUUCAUGAGUUAUCAAGACAUGUAUCACGACGCCGCACGAUCCCCUGGCUCUCAGCGGCAUCAGCAACCCCUACACCGUCAGCCUUCUCGUCAGUUUGACGCCUACGGUCCCAUGCCUGUCAACCCUUACGACGAGCAGAUGGCCCGUUACGAGUCCGCUCGCCUCGAGCGUCUCAACCCGUCCCUGCAGAACAACUACGGCUACGAUAUUUCCGGCUCCCAGACCUGGAACCCCAACGGUUUUGCCAACGCACAAUCCCUGGGAGGCAUUCGGUCGGCUUCGGCCAGCCUGAAACCAAAUGCCCGUGGACGUUCCGGCCUGCCCACUACGUGGCUCGACCAGCAGCCGAACAUGCCCCAAGCAUUUUCGAACCUCGGACCCGGUCCCAUUCAGAGCAGCGCGAUGCGACCGGAAGCCUCAGCUUCGUCCGCUGACGACGACGAAUUGAUCCCAACCGCGAUCGUCAUCAAGAACAUCCCCUUUGCCGUGAAAAAAGAGCAACUGGUGCAACUGAUGACCGAACUUAACCUCCCCCUCCCCUACGCGUUCAACUACCACUUUGAUAACGGCGUUUUCCGUGGACUGGCAUUCGCCAACUUCACAUCGGCAGAGGAGACAGCCACUGUGAUUGAGGUGCUUAACCACUUUGAAUUGCAGGGUCGGAAAUUGCGAGUCGAGUAUAAGAAGAUGCUCCCUCUUCAGGAACGGGAGCGGAUUGAGCGUGAGAAGCGUGAACGACGUGGCCAACUGGAAGAACAGCACCGGCCUAUGGGUGGUCCUCAGCUUCACACUCAGAGCUCCAUGUCCUCGCUCGCCUCGCACAUCCCGGCCACUUCUCCCUCGCCCGUGUCGCAACGCGGCCAGAAACUCGAUGUGGACUUGAAUGACACCCAGACCCUUCAGUAUUAUUCCCAACUACUCCUUUUCAAGGAAGAUACCGUCCGCGAUUCCGUGAUUUUCCCUCACAACUUGACCCCUUCCCAGCGUCGCACGGUGCACACUCUGGCUCACAACAUGGGCUUGGGCCACGCUUCUCGUGGCAGCGGUGAACAGCGCCAAGUUCAGGUCUUCAAGGUUGCCGCGGGCGCCAAUGUGAGCCCGCCGCUGUCUUCCAUCCCGCCUUCCGGCCAAUCGAGCGAUAGUGCUCGUCGUGGUCUGAACCGCGCGGCCACCAUUGACUUCAGCGAGGCUCGCAACGAGGCCCGCAAUGAAGGUGGACCUGGUGCUUUCAAUACCCUGCGUGGACAGAACUCUGGAUUCUUGGGUGUGCUAGACUCCCCUGGUAACUUUGCCAACGGCCAGAACUUGCGCGCUGCCAAGUCGUUCGCUGACCUGCGAUCCUACACUCCUUCGCCCGUGCCUUCCUCUGCCAGCUUCCCCGCCGCUUUGCAGUCGAACGGUGCCCGUCUUCAAUACGAGGGCACACCCACCGGUACCUCCAACACUCCCACUCUCACUCCCGCACAGUCUGGUUCUUCUCUUGGCAUGCAGCGUGAUGACAAUCUGCUGGUCAACAGCCUGGGUGGCCUUUCUCUUGGCACCGGUAUCGGUGGGCCCAACUCGAGUCCCCGUCGCCUGCGCGGCAUGUUCUCCUGGGAGCAGGAUAGCCAACACUCCAACGCGGGUGCUAUUGGCAGCAACCGCGGCAUGGGCGUCGGCUACGAUGGCCAGCAGGAGCGCAUGCCUAUCCGUCAGCCCCGUGGGCCUACCCCCGACAAGGGCACUGGCUUUCGCCGCCAAAACGGACACCAGUCUCGCGGGAGUGAUGAGCUCCGCACCAACUCCGGCGUAGAGAUCAUCGUGGAGUAAACAUUGGACGACUUAUUGAAGAUGGCGACUCCCCAACUUUUUUGCCAGCAUCCGACUGAUUUGCCGCGACACGAAUACGACUUGUAUUACGAGGCCCUGUUCUGCGAAUUACCGGCUUACGAUUCGAUGAGGGAUGACGAGAUGACACCAAAAAAAAGACCAGAAAAUCCUUUGUUUCGCUGAUCUAGCCAAGUUUUAGACGUUUCUUUUUUGGGGCAGCCCAACCGACGCAGUUUGGACGCGCUUUUUUUGAACUUACCGACUCGCAGUGUUCCUAGGGAACUCUGGACUUUGUUCUUUAUUCACUUUCUUCAUUUUUUAUUUCAAAUCUUUCUGAUAUUGCGGGCGCCUUGCAUGCAAAUCCAUGGCUUUCUAUUAUGCUGUCUCUGGCGGAACGAACUCCUGACGACCCCGAACGCCCCCUGGUGUUACCGGGACGCAUACGAAGAAUGACAACUCAAAAGACCCUCUGCCGACAGGCCAGAGAAACGACAAAUACCAGCAUUUUGCAUAUUCUUGUCUGUUCAGUUUGUACAUGGGGUGACUCGCAUCCAUUUUAAUGUUUCUGGCCCGCCUUUCCCCGACAGCCGUUUCCUCCAGGAAACUCAUGUUCGGCUUGUUCCGGGAGGGUGAUUGUGACAUGUCUUUUCAUUCUGUUUUACUCUACUUUCUGCCUCUUUGCUCUUUCCGCGUGCUUUUGACUGCUUGCCUCUUUUGAUCUGAUGUCGUCUUGCGGAAAGGUGCCCAGGGCGAACUCUGACGACUCUCUCAUGAGUACAUGUAUAUGGUACUCGGCAGGUGCAGAGUGUAAUGCAUCCUAUCCUGUCCUCGUCUCGACCCUGAUAUACUCCCAUGCUGGAGGAUUCUCUUUCUCAUGUUUGGUAUCUUGCAGUGUAGGGAUUCUGUUUCUUUUCACUUUCCUCAGAUCUUAACAAUCCAUGUACCUUUUACUAUUAAACUGUCUAGCGUAGGAAGUUGACUUGGC